CGAACCUUCAAGAUGCGGCCACGCGCCUGCUCCGACGUCCGCGUCCGUCGCUGACCGCCGGCGUCGCACACUGCUGCUCCACCUCUCUCUUUCACUUGCACGCACCAUUCCGCAGACGCAGCAAGCAGUGCGCAACCAUCUUCCUCUCCAUGCCGCUCUUACACCUGACAUGACCUCAGCUCUAUAUAUACGGGCGCCGAGCGCGAGCUCGGCUGCACAUCCUGGCGACCGAGCUGCCAUGUCCACCAGCGAGAGCGUCCAGAUGGCGAGGGUGGGCGACGGAGCCAGCACGGCGCGCCCGUUGCCGGAGCUGCUCCGGCUGCCGCUGCCGCAGGCGCGGGACACCUUCGUCGACGGUGGUCGCGCUCCCGGUUCCCCCGUGGCUGCUGCUGCCAGUGCCAGGACUGCGGAGUCGAUGGAGACCCUGUACUCCGUCGCCUUCAGCGUGCCGGCGUCGCCGUCGGGGCUGCACCACGGCGCGUGCGCGUCCGUCGUCCGCAGCGUGACGCCGCCGACGCCACAGCUGGCGGAACACCAGCACAAGCACGCGGAGGCAGCGCCGCUGCCACAGCUGCUCAACCAGGCGAGGUACCACUCGCAGCCGGCGCUGACCAUCCGGACCGAGGAACCCCCGCCCCUGCAACGGGUGCGCACCGUGUCGCGCAGCGACAGCAUGCGCGACCGCCGCUUCGACCAGUUCAAGACCUUCUCCGGCCGCCUGGAGCGGCAGCUGUCCAACCUCCGCGGGGUGGCCGUGGACAUCGAGCCCGCCGCCGCCGUCUCCAACUCCCACAAGAAGAUGAUCUCCGAGGAGGAGCUGGCGGACACCGACGACGACGGCGAGAUCCCCACGGCCGACCGCUACUUCGCCGCGCUGGAAGGGCCCGAGCUCGAGACGCUGCGGGCGACGGAGGUGUCGGCGCUGCCGGAGGACGAGACGUGGCCGUUCCUGCUGCGGUUCCCGAUCAACGCGUUCGGGAUGUGCCUGGGCGUGAGCAGCCAGGCCAUGCUGUGGAAGACGCUGCAGUCGGAGCCAUCGACGGCGUUCCUGCACGUGAGCCCCGCCGUGAACAGCGCGCUCUGGUGGAUCUCCGCGUCGCUCAUGGCGCUCGUCUCCUUCACCUACCUGCUCAAGAUCGUCUUCUACUUCGAAGCGGUCCGGCGCGAGUUCCACCACCCGAUCCGCGUCAACUUCUUCUUCGCGCCAUGGAUCGCCUGCCUCUUCCUCGUCAAGGGCCUGCCGCAGCCGGUGGCGGACGUCCACCACGUCGUCUGGUACAUCCUCAUGGCGCCCAUCCUGUUCCUCGACCUCAAGAUCUACGGCCAGUGGAUGUCCGGCGGCGACCGCCGGCUGUCCAAGGUGGCCACCCCGACAAACCACCUCGCCGUCGUCGGCAACUUCGUCGGCGCGCUGCUGGGCGCCAAGAUGGGGCUCCGGGAGGUGCCCAUCUUCUUCUUCGCCGUCGGGGUGGUGCACUACCUGGUGCUGUUCGUGACGCUGUACCAGAGGCUCCCCACCAACGCGAAGCUCCCCAAGGAGCUCCACCCGGUGUUCUUCCUCUUCAUCGCCGCGCCGAGCGUCGCGUCCGUCGGCUGGGCAAGGCUCUGCGGCGAAUUCAACUACGCCGCCAAGAUCUUCUACUUCACGUCCCUCUUCCUCUACAUGUCACUGGUGGUUCGUAUCAACCUGUUCCGGGGCGUCCGCUUCUCGCUGGCGUGGUGGGCGUACACGUUCCCGAUGACGAGCGUGGCCAUCGCGGCGGCGGUGUACUCGUCGACGGUGACCAACGUGCUCACCCGGGCGCUGGCCGUGGGGCUGUCCGGGGUGGCGUCCGUCACCGUCGCCGGCGUGCUGGUGACCACAGUGUACCGCGCGUUCGUGCGCAAGGACUUGUUCCCCAACGACGUGUCCAUCGCCGUGACGCAGCGGCCCAAGGCUAAGUUCGGCAAGAUCCUCGCGCACAUCCGCGCCUCCGGCGACGGCGUCAAGGACCUCGUCUUCGCCGUCUCUAGGCACGGCAGCGGCUCCGCCGACACCAACAGUGCUAGCGAGUCGCCGUCGCCCAUGGCGCGCGGCCGCCGCAGAGCAGAGCUGUAGGCUACCGUCGAUCUCCAAACAAUUCUCUGCUACUUGUCUGUACAGGCUUCAGAUAGGCUAGUAGUAGUUCUUGAAUUUUCCAUGCAUCCGUGCAGCAGAGAUUCACUGCACCUGCGCUACACAUAGCGGUGCCUGCCGGGAUUGGCAGCGAUAAAUGUGCGUCCUUUGAGCGAUUGCCAUGACAAGGAUGCAAUCACGGGAUGACACUAUUAGUUCAAUUCAGUUUGUCGAAUUAUCUUGUUACAUAUAUAGGAUAAUUACCUUUGAACCUUCA